UUUUAGUUUAGUACCAGCACUCGAUUGGUGUGCGUGGCUGGGCGGAGAGAGGUUAUGUCAUUGUAUCAGAUUAUUAAUUUUUCCGAUUUCUCCAUAAAUUAAUAACGGAUUUAUAUUAAAACACUCACAAUGGAUUUCAUUUGAUCAAACAAUUAUGUUAGUAGUAUACCAGGAUGUAAUCAAUAUAGUACAAGCAAAAUUUUCUUCCACUGAAGUCGUUAAAUGUAUUCAUUUAAAUGUGUCAUCAGUGAACGAGUCCUUGGACGAAGUACACAAAAUUUUAGCUUUAGUUGAAUGUAAUUCAUCUUAUGCAUUGUUUGUGUUCAUUACAAAAAAGCCAAGACCUAGCAGUAUUUCAGACCUUACCAUUGAAACAGCAAUUCCAAUAAAUUCGUGUUUUUCCUGUGAUACAGAACCAAUUGAAAAUUGUCAAAGUCAUAUAAUUUUUAUUGUUAAUUUUAAGAACAACAAGCUUCAGUUUAAAAUUGAGAUUGGAGUGGAAAGUUCAAAUUUUGCUUCAGAAGUUGUUUGGUCGAAAGAAGUUUCAUCAUCAAACAAACCAAAUUUCAACUGGCUUGAUAAAUAUAAAUGUGAUAAUUUAGAUCCAAGCAACCAAAAAACCUCAGAAAUGUCAGAUCAGUCUUCAGAUAUUCCAGUUUUACGACACCAGUUGGCACAAGGACAAGCAGCUUCCAAUAGAGAAUCAAUACUAAGAUAUCAGCUUAAAUUAAAGGAACCUGAGUAUACACAACAGCAAGAAUUUAGCAUUUUUGUGGGUACAUGGAAUGUAAACGGACAACCACCUUCAGUUUCCUUGAGGCCUUGGCUCAGUUUUGAUGAGGAACCACCAGACCUUUAUGCUAUAGGUUUGCAAGAAAUUGAUUUAAGUAAAGAAGCAUUUCUUUUUAAUGACACUCCUAGAGAAGCAGAAUGGGUUAAGUUUGUGAUGGAUGGUGUACAUUCUAAAGCUAAAUAUAAAUCAGUGGCAGUAACUAGACUCGUAGGAAUGCAGCUGAUAGUUUUAGUAAACAGUAAACAUUACCAAUUUGUUAAAAACGUCGCUGUUGAUACUGUGGGGACCGGCCUUUUAGGCAAAAUGGGUAAUAAAGGAGGUGUCGCAGUCAGAUUGGAACUUCACAACACCUCUUUAUGCUUUGUUAAUUGUCAUUUAGCAGCUCAUAUUGAAGAGUUUGAAAGGAGAAAUCAAGAUUAUAAAGAUAUAAAUGCAAGGAUUAAUUUCAGAAAACAACCACAAUCUAUCAAAGAUCACGAACAAGUUUAUUGGUUAGGAGACCUUAAUUACAGAAUUACGGAUUUAAAUACGCAGCAGGUGAAAACGCUUCUUGGGAGAAAUGAAUUUGUGACUUUACUUAAAGCAGAUCAGUUAAAUCAGCAAAAAGAUCGAGGAAAUGUGUUACUGGACUACACCGAAGGUGACAUAACAUUCCACCCGACUUACAAAUACGACUUAAACUCUGAUACGUUUGAUACGAGUGAAAAAGCGCGUCCGCCAGCAUGGACUGAUCGCAUUUUAUGGCGUGGUGAAGGGAUUUACCAAGUGGCCUAUCGCAGUCAUAUGGACGUCAGAAUCAGCGACCAUAAACCAGUCAGUGCAUUGUUCAAAUCCGAAAUUAGUGUAAUCGACCAAAAUAAGUUCCGACGCGUCCAUGAAGAGUUGUUGAAAAAAAUGGAUAAGUUGGAAAACGAAUUUUUGCCACAAGUGAUGGUUGAUCAGACGGAAGUUGUGUUCGAUUUGGUCAAGUUUCGGGAACCGCAAUCGAGAGAAAUUAUCAUAGCGAAUACGGGGCAAGUCCCGGCGGAAUUUGAGUUUAUUAAGAAGUUGGAUGAGGCGACUUAUUGUAAGGAUUGGUUGAGGAUUACGCCGUAUUGUGGGACGAUUGAUCCCGGGGAUAAAUGUGACAUAAAAUUCGAAGUUAAUCUCGAACGCGAGAUGGAUAAAGUGUAUGAUAUUUUGGUUUUGCAUUUGAAGGGAGGCAAAGACAUGUUUAUCAUAGUCACGGGUGAAUGUCAAAGGUCAUGUUUUACCUCAAGCCUAUCAACUUUGUGUCGAGCACCUGUUCCUUUAUUGCAAAUGAGCGAGGAGCAGAGAAAACAAGCCGAAAACAUGGAAAGUCGGGUUCUUUACUCGAUUCCUCGCGAAUUAUGGCAUUUGGUUGACAAUUUAUAUCGUUAUGGGUUAAAAACACGAGAUUUAUUCGAAUCAUGUGCCCUCCAUGAGGAAAUAAUAAGGAUUCGGGAUUGGUUGGAUUAUGGAUCAGUGGAUCCUUUACCUGGGACUGUGCAAGCAGUCGCUGAAGCUUUAUUGCUUUUCUUGUCAUAUACUAAAGARCCCAUUGUACCUUUUGAACUACAUGACAGCUGUAUUGCUGCAGCAAAUAAUUUUCAAAAUUGCCGGCUAAUUAUUCAACAGAAGAUGUCCGACGUUCACAGAAAUGUUUUCCUCUACAUCUGCAUGUUCCUUAAAGAGUUGUUGAAAUAUUCAAAUGAGAAUGGAUACGACGCUAAAACUUUGGCUUCUUUGUUUGGUGAUAUCUUACUUAGGGACCCGAUACGUAACUCGAAACCUCAAGCAAACAGAGGAAAAGCUAAUUUUGUUUAUAAUUUCCUAGUAAAUGAUUUAAGCUCAUCUAUAAUUCCCAAUAAAUAGGAUAGUUGUAAAUAGGCAAUAAUUUAUUAAUUAUGCAGUGCACUAAUGCCAGUAUUUUUGUAGAAUAUAAUUUAUUAAGAAAUGUGAGUAACGUCACUUUAAUAAAAGUAAUUACUUAAGG